AACUCGACCCAAACCACACAUCCUUCUGGGUACCGUCCAAAUCAGAGGGGCGGAUAAAAUCCCACCAAUGCUCCUCCUCGCUCCCACCCCGCCGCCGUCGCCGGCCACCGCUCACCGGCGACCGGGUGGCAGCGCUGCCUCGUGCAUCCGCUGCUCGAGCGUGCGAGAGCUUGAUAGGUCCCCGAGCCGCCCGCCGCUGCCGGCGCUGGCGGAGGCAAAGCGGGUGGUGCUGGUGCGGCACGGGCAGAGCACCUGGAACGCGGACGGACGCAUCCAGGGGAGCUCCGACUUCUCCGUGCUCACGCCCAAGGGGGAGUCCCAGGCCGAGACAUCCCGCCUCAUGCUCCUCGCCGACUCCUUCGACGCCUGCUUCACCAGCCCGCUCGCCCGGUCCCGCCGCACCGCGGAGAUCAUCUGGGACAGCCGCGAUAAGGACCUCAUCCCGGACUACGACCUCCGCGAGAUCGACCUCUAUUCCUUCCAGGGGCUCUUGAAGCAUGAAGGGAAGGAGAAGUACGGGGCUCUGUUCCAGCAGUGGCAGAAGAGUCCAUCAGACUGCAGCAUCGAUGGGCACUACCCAGUGCGGGAGCUCUGGGACCGAGCCCAGGGCUGCUGGGAGAGGAUCCUGACACACGAGGGCAAGUCCGUGCUUGUGGUUGCGCACAAUGCAGUUAACCAAGCGCUCGUCGCCACAUCCCUGGGACUUGGCACGGAGUACUUUCGGACUCUGCUCCAAAGCAACUGUGGCGCUAGUGUGCUGGAUUUCACCCCACAGCCCGGUGGACGCCCUCCAAAUGUGUGCCUUAACCGCUUAAAUCAGACCCCGAACUCUCCUAUUUCUGCCGAAAGUUCUGCAGGUAGAAAGUCAAGCAAGCGGAUCAUUCUAGUUUGUCAAGGGGCUACACAGAGCAGUUCUGAGGGUAGUUUAGGCGGAGUGGGUUAUGCACCGCUGAACAUGCUGGGUGUUAUACAGGCUCAGAAGACCGCGGAACUGCUUCUAGAUCUGAAGGUGAACAGUAUUAUCUGUAGCCCACAAGUCGCAGCUGUUGAUACCGCAACUGCCAUAUGUGAGGUCCAAGAGGCUGCUGAUUGCUUAGGUGCUGACUGUGUGCCUCGUUACGUUGAAAUGAAGAAUUUGCUCGGACUCGAAAUUGAUGAUGCCUUUCUAACAAAGCAAAAGAGCCUUGAACAGAUAGUUCAGUCUGGUUGGAUGGGCGGCAUGGAACACCAAAAGCUAAAGACAUUGUGGGCUCAGUCAGAGGAUGCAUGGCAAGCUUUGGUAAACGAAUUGCCAGAGGAUGAUGGUGCUGAGUCAGACCAAGUCGUUGUCGCCAUCGGCCAUCCUGCCAUCCACCUAGGACUGCUCUGCAGGUGUCUGAACCUAACAAUGGAUUACAUGCCAUCUUUUCAUCUGGACGACGGCAGCAUCAGCGUGAUCGAUUUUCCGGAUGGGCCGAAAGGAGGAGGUAUCGUCAGAUGCACGAAUUACACGGCCCAUUUGGGCAGAUGGUCGUUACCCAUCACAAAAUCAACAGAAAACAAUGAUGAAUUCUGAAUUAAUUUUUGUACAGAGGUAAUUAACAUCUCCCUUUCUUUCGCUGUAAAAAGAAACAUCUUCCAUUUCUUGGUGGGAGUACGAUCCUUAAGGAAAAUGAAUUGAGCUUGUAGAUAUCAUACACUGAUGUAAAUGGCAUCUUCCUGGUUUUUAUUUGUGAAGAUUAUUUCAUUCACUA